GUUGAGGCUGGUCUCAGCGGCAGGCAGGCAUGGGGAGUCAACUCAGGCGACUCCAUAUUCCUACGUACACAGCCGACAGACCCGGCAUGGAGGUCAGUUGACGGUCUGCUGAAGGUCGUGUCUGUUGGGUCCAGGGGAGUCUGGGGAGUGAAUCGCAAUGACGACAUCUUCUAUCGUUCGGGAACCUAUGAAAAUUUAGCGUCCUCGGGCAGUGGUUGGGUGAAGAUCGAGGGGAAACUGAAGCAGAUCUCAUCAGGACACUCCGUCUGGGGCGUCAACGCCAAUGACGACAUCUUCAUUCGACAAGGGGUGACAUCCACUAACCCUACGGGGAGCAACUGGCUCCAUGUCGGAGGAAAGCUGAAGCAGCUGGACGUGAGUUCCACCGCUAACCAGCUCUGGGGCGUCAAUUCAAACGACAACAUCUUCCGACGGACAGGAAUCAGUACGGAGCAACCAGCCGGUACCGGUUGGGAACAAAUAGAAGGCUCGCUGAAGUUCGUGUCCGUUGGUCCCGCCGGCGUCUGGGGCGUGAACUCAAACGACGACAUUUUCUACCGCACGGGAACCUUUGGAAACGAGGCGUCAUCAGGCAGCGGUUGGGAGCACAUCCAGGGGAAACUCAAGCAGAUUUCAUCAGGAGACAAUAUUGUCUGGGGAGUGAACGUCAACGACGACAUCUUUGUCCGAGAAGGAAUGAGCCCGAGCACCCCUGCUGGAACUGGUUGGAGGCAGAUUCCAGGAAAACUAAAGCAGGUUGAGGCUGGUCUCAGCGGCAGGCAGGCGUGGGGAGUCAACUCAGGCGACUCCAUAUUCCUACGUACACAGCCGACAGACCCGGCAUGGAGGUCAGUUGACGGUCUGCUGAAGUUCGUGUCUGUUGGAUCCAGGGGAGUCUGGGGAGUGAAUCGCAAUGACGACAUCUUCUAUCGUUCGGGAACCUUCGAAAAUUUAGCGUCCUCGGGCAGCGGUUGGGUGAAGAUCGAGGGGAAACUGAAGCAGAUCUCAUCAGGACACUCCGUCUGGGGCGUCAACGCCAAUGACGACAUCUUCAUUCGACAAGGAGUGACAUCCACUAACCCUACGGGGACCGACUGGCUCCAUGUCGGAGGAAAGCUGAAGCAGCUGGACGUGAGUUCCACCACUAACCAGCUCUGGGGCGUCAAUUCAAACGACAACAUCUUCCGACGGACAGGAAUCAGUACGGAGCAACCAGCCGGUACCGGUUGGGAACAAAUAGAAGGCUUGCUGAAGUUCGUGUCCGUUGGUCCCGCCGGCGUCUGGGGCGUGAACUCAAACGACGACAUUUUCUACCGCACGGGAACCUUUGGAAACGAGGCGUCAUCAGGCAGCGGUUGGGAGCACAUCCAGGGGAAACUCAAGCAGAUCUCAUCAGGAGACAAUAUUGUCUGGGGAGUGAACGUCAACGACGACAUCUUUGUCCGAGAAGGUUUGUGA